GAGUGGCGGGGCUGCAGACAGCAGCUGCCGUUCGGGGGCAGUACCGGUCGCUGGGGGAGGAUGUGGCCAAGCAGCGCCAGGAGUCGCUGCGGCAACAACUGGAGACGUUCCGCGGCUUCCUCAUGGAGUUUGCUCAGAAGCACAAGAGUGACAUACGCGGCAACCCAGCGUUCAGGGCGCAGUUCCACGCCAUGUGUGCACAGUGCGGGGUGGACCCCCUCGCCUCCAACAAGGGCUUCUGGAACGAGCUGCUGGGCUUCGGUGACUUCUACUACGAGCUCGGAGUGCAGCUGAUAGAGACGUGCAUGGCGACGAGGGCGGACAACGGGGGGCUGAUCAACCUGGAGGAGCUGCGGCGCCUCGUGGCGGGCAAGCGCCGCAUGCCGCUGGACGCGCUGUCUCAUGACGACUGCAUGCGCGCGCUCGCCACCAUCAAGUCCCUAGGAGGAGGGUUUGCGGUGGAGAAGGUGGGGGCGGCACACGUGGUGCGCUCGCUGCCUCGGGAGCUCAGCACCGACCAGAACGACAUCCUCCGCCUCGCACAGGCGUGUGGGUGUGUGAGCAUCGCUGACAUUCUCUCGGCCACCUCAUGGCAGCCCGGCCGAAUCAACGACGCUCUUGAUGCUCUGCUCAAGGAGGGCAUAGCCAUGGUGGACGAUGGCGAUCCUGAUGGCCACCGGCGCUACUGGUUUCCAUGCUUUGACAUUGCCGCUCCAGCAUCGCUAUAG